AUGGGCGACGCCGGUCCUCCGACGCCCGACCCGCUCCUGCAGGACGGCCGUGCCGCCGUCGACGGCCAGGUCGAGGCGGAUGCGGCGCCGCCGCUGAGGGAGGUCAAGGUGCUCGUGACGGGCUUCGGGCCGUUUAAAUCGUUCCUCAUAAAUCCCUCCUGGUUGAUCGCCUCGGCACUGCCCGAGGAGCUUUUACCCUCGCCGUCUACUCUCUCCGGGCAGAAGUCGCCAGACUACAAGAUCAAGUUGAUCGUCUAUCCCUCUGCCAUCCGAGUCUCCUACUCCACCGUCUCCACCACUGUACCCACUCUCAUCACGACCCACAAUCCCGAUUUCAUCCUGCACAUCGGCAUGGCCGGCGGGCGCGACUGCUACUCACUCGAAACCCGUGGGCAUCGGGACCACUACCGCAUCAAGGACGUCGACGACUGCGACGGCUUCACGUGGGGUGAGAGUCGGUGGAGGAACGAGGGCAUCCCGGAGGUGCUAUACGUCGGAUGGGACGAGGUCGACGUGCUGGCCCGGUGGGAGGACGGGGUCCAGAUGGGACUGAGAGAGCGAGGAUUCUUGGGAUCAGGGGAGAUGGAGAAAGCACUGUCGGAAACUGCAGGAAAGGGAGAGAACGAGGCUCAGCUGCCAGCCUCGCGACCUGCACCACUCAUUCCUCUCGGACGAGCGAACAUACCCAUGAACUUGAUGUGGGGGACAAGUAAUGUGCCGGUGUCAUCGACCAAGGCAGACGAGCAUCGGAGAAAAGCCAUCGUCAAGCUGUCGUGCGACGCAGGACGGUUCCUCUGCGAGUAUGCCCUGUUCGAGAGCUUGAGUCGGAGAUGGUUGGACGCGCAGAGGCGGAGGGAGGAUGACGAUGAUGUCGACAGAAAGGAUCAGCAAGCCGCCGAGGACAAGGAAGCUGAGUCGAUUUCAUCAUCGAUCUCCCCCUCUUCUGGUUCUGGUCCCUCUCCGUCCGACUCAGACCUGGCGCUAGAGCGCGUCGGCAAGGUGGCGUUCCUGCACGUGCCGGGCUGGACGGGCUUAGAGGAUAUCAAUCGCGGCGUGAUGGUCGCUGAAGAGGCGAUCCGCGCGUUGGUUGGUAGUUGGGAAGACGGGUACCGGCGGAACGGGAUCGGUGCGAAGGUACCAACCCAGACCUAUACGAUGCAGCAUUCCGAGCAGGCGGGCAGGGUGGCGUCAACGUGGAGAGCCUGA